UUCCCAGUAGACUUCAUCGGUGCCACAAGUCCAGAACACAUACAGAAGAAAGAAGAUAUAGUACCUCUCUUAUAUCACCAGAUGCCCUUCUCCCUUUUCCUUUGAUGUGGAUGGCUCCUCUCUCUGCAGUUCCCUUAAGCAAACAAAUCCCCAACUUUUAUUUUGACAAACUCUUUGUUCAAUAAACCUUACCAGGGAUGUUGAAUUAGAUUUAGAUUUGCUUCACCUGUCAAGUUACCAUAGCACACCCGCAUACUCACCCAACUUCUGCUGUAGGAAUCUUCAAAAAUUUACAAAAACAGUUUUUGUUGACGAUGUUUCUCCAAGCUGGGCAUAUUGGAUUUUCGGAUACAAGCAAUACCAAUCCUUCCUGGAAGUUCCUCUUUUUGUUUUACAUUUUUACUGUUCUUUUGUGUUUCGGAUCAUGAUGAAAUUUACAAUUGGGAUUUAAUAGGCUUUGUUAGAUUCAAAUUUGAAGCAAGUCGAUAUGGAUGAUGGAGCCUUUAAUCCUAAUUCUAGACCCAGGACUUUCUCGGGCACUGCCAUGGAUUUAGAUUUCAUCGAUGAACUCUUGGAUGAUGGAUGCUGGUUGGAGACUACUGAUGGGUUCAACUUUUUGCAGCCGGGCCUGUCGAACUCUGGUGUUCCAAGUGACCCUUCACAAUAUUCUCCUUAUUUAGAGUCCAGCAGCAGUCUUGCAAGUACAAACCUUCAUCAGGUAAUCCACCAGGAAGCAGCAGAAAAUAACUUACCGGGAAAUCCGCCCUGUAAUAACACCAGAGGAAAGGAACUUACUGAAAGUGAAUCUCAAAACCAGAGUUCUCUCAAGAUUACCUCAUCUUUAGUACAGCCAGAGCCCUCUCCAAUUGAAGGCAGUGAAUUGGGAACACGAUUGUGGAUUGCACCAAUGGCAGGUGUGCAGUCAUCUUCUUCCGUAAAGCAAAGAUUAAUUCAUGCUAUUGGAAAGUUGAAAGAAUGCGCAAAAGAUAUGGAAGUCCUUGUUCAGAUAUGGGUGCCUACAAAGAAAGAAGGCAAGUGUGUCCUCACGACUAUUGGUCAACCGUCCUUCCAUAGUCUGAAAAAUGAAAGUCUUGCAAGUUAUCGAAAUGUUUCAGAGGCAUAUAAUUUCCCAGUGGAGGGGGAUUCAAAAGAGUCCCUUGGGUUGCCUGGUCGAGUUUUCUUGGGGAAGUUGCCUGAGUCAACUCCUGAUGUUCGAUUCUUCAGAAGUGAUGAGUAUCCACGUAAAAGUUAUGCAAAACAAUAUAACAUCAGGGGUUCUCUUGCAGUUCCUGUCCUUGAAAGGGGUACUGGGAAUUGCUUGGGGGUUGUUGAGGUUAUAACAACCUCUCAAUAUAUCAAUUACCGUCCAGAACUAGAAACUAUCUGCAAAGCUCUUGAGGCUGUUGAUCUAAGGAGUUCACAGCACUUCUGCCCUCCAAGUGUAAAGGCUUGUAAAGAGUUUUGCCAAGCUGCAGUUCCUGAGAUAUCAGAGAUAUUGGGUUCUGUGUGCAAAACACACAAGUUACCUUUGGCUCUAACAUGGGCUAGAUGCUUUCAGCAAGGAAAAGGUGGAUGCCGACAUUUUGAUGAGAAUUUUGCACAUAGCAUUUCCACUGUAGACUCUGCCUGCUUCGUAGCUGAUACAGAAUUUUUGGCAUUCCAUGCGGCAUGCUCUGAGCAGUACCUUUUUCUAGGUCAAGGGAUUGUUGGGAAAGCGUUCAUGAUGAACAAGCAAUGUUUUGCAACUGAUAUAACUUCAUUUAGCAAGACAGAUUAUCCUCUAUCUCACCAUGCUAAAGUUCUUGAUUUGCAUGCUGCUGUUGCAAUCCCUCUGCGAAGCACUUAUGCUGGAUCAGCUGAUUUUGUCUUGGAGCUAUUCUUGCCAAAAGAUUGCCGAGAUGGUGAAGAGCAAAAGCGGAUAUGGGACUUAUUGCCCAUUGCCAUACAGCAAUCUUGUAAGAGUUUACAUGUUGUCAUGGACAAGGAGCAAGAGGAAGAUAUCAGGUGGCAAAUGGCUGUUAAUUCAAAUGGAAGAUAUAAUAAACAAGAAAAUCAUAACUUUGCAUCUUCUUCAUUGCAACAACAUUAUCCAGAGAGUUCAUCAUGGAUUACCCAGAUGAUGGAGGCUCAGCAGAAAGGUAAAAGUGUCUGUGUCUCAUGGGACACUGAAAACAAACCUAAACAAGAGUUCAAGGUAGCAACUAAUUAUGAUGACACUCCAGAAGACUUGUACUCUAAGCAGGUCUUUGCAGAGUCUGGACAACUACAUCAAAAUUCUGGAAACAAAAAUAGUAUCGAGGUCAGCAAAAAUUCUUCUUUUGCUGGCCAGCACUCAUCAGGCAGCAAAAAAGGAGGCGAGAAGAGACGGACUAAGGCAGAGAAGACAAUCAGCUUGCAAGUUCUUCGACAGUAUUUUGCAGGGAGCCUUAAAGAUGCUGCUAAGAGUAUUGGUGUGUGCCCAACCACUCUGAAAAGGAUAUGCAGACAACAUGGCAUCACUCGAUGGCCUUCACGAAAGCUUAAGAAAGUUGGUCACUCAUUAAAGAAACUGCAGCUUGUAAUUGAUUCUGUCCAAGGUGCUGAAGGUACCAUUCAGAUUGAUUCUUUCUAUUCAACUUUUCCAGAAUUGACCUCUCCAAAUUUUCGCGAAAAUGGUCCUUCUGCCUCAUUGAAGACAAAUGACAAUUUGAAGCCAUUAAACCCGUGGCCUGAUAGUGGCUUAUCCAAUGGUGGAGUCACUGCUUCAAAAUCCCCAUCCUCCUCAUGUAGUCGAAGCUCAGGAUCAAGCAUCUGUUGUUCAACUGGAGAAAAGAAGCAUAAAAUCCCCGACAAUGUUGUGAAUACUGGGGAUGCCAUAGCAGUAGAAGACCCAAGUAGCAUAUUAAAGAGAACGCGUAGUGAUGCUGAAUUACAUGCCCUUUAUAGAGAAGAAGAGCACAAACCUCUUGCAAGAUCCCAAAGCCAUAAAAUAUUGGGAGAUCAUCAUCCAAGUCUAACAGAGUCCCUACCUCCCUUCCCAAAAAGCAGUUGCAAAAGUUUUCGGGAUAGCGGUGCAUUUAGAGUUAAAGCCAACUUUGGAGAAGACAAAGUGAGAUUCAGCUUGCAACCCAGUUGGAGCUUCAAGGACUUGCAACAGGAACUGGCAAAACGUUUCAAUAGAAAUGAUAUAUGCAGAACUGAUUUAAAGUAUUUAGAUGAUGAUCAGGAAUGGGUUCUUUUGACUUGUGAUGAUGAUCUUGAGGAGUGUAAAGACAUAUACAGAUUGUCUCAGGGCCAGAGCCAGACAAUCAAGAUUUCUGUCAAUCAAGCUUCACAGCAUCUCCAGUAGUUCAUAUUGGGAUUAACUGGAUGAAUCAUUUUAGAGAGAGAGGAGAUUCUGGUGGGAUUCUUUUCAUUUUCUUUUUAAACAUCAGAGCUCCCGAAUCUUGUCUCAUAGAUUAGGAGUAAGCUAUUCAGAAGGAAAUAAAGAUGCAAGAAUAUGGCAAUUAUUGGUUAGAAAAAGUGCAGAUAGAACUUGUAAUUGAAAUGAAUGUUUUGUAUGUUAUCUUGUGUGCAUAUUAUUUUAGAUUGUAAUGUUUUAAGGUAGCAUAUAGUUUCUUAAAAUCUAUUGUAUCUUCAAACAUUAUAUAAUAGAGGGAAAUUUGAAUGAUUAAAUCUAAAA